AUGACCCUGAUACAGCAUGAUUCACUUAUCCCGAACCUUUAUUCAUCCUUGGCGCUUAUCAAGAUUUUGGCCAUUUGUGUUAAACUAUACACUCCGAGCACAAACAGGUUAUUCACCAUGAAAUACUUUAUACUUUUCUCAUUCUUAGCAAGUUUUGUGCAUGCUACACCCCCGGCUUGUUUUCUAAGUUGUAUAGCAGAAACUGCUAAAGAAUGUCCAUCUGGAUUGCAGUCCAUAAGUUGUCUUUGUUCCAAAAGCGAUGUGCUUGUUAGUUGCCUUGUCGAUAUAUGUCCUUACGGCAACUUUGAAUCCGCAAGAGACCAUUUCUUGGGAACAUGCUUAGAGCAUAGUAAGGCCACGGCUCUGCAUGUUCCUGAAGUUGUGCUGUAUACUGCUGCCUCAACAAUGCUGGAAAGUGCUUGGCAAACGUACGAAGAGCAAACAGUGACAGGGAAAAAUGGUAUGAUUUAUAUCAGGCGAAGACCACUUGUAUAG